UUUUUUUUUUUUUUUUUUCUUACUGAUUUUUCCAAUUCCAAUCGUUUUUCCUCUCAUUUCUUUCGUUUCGUUUUGUCGAUUCUGCACAACCCAACCACACCAUGUCUGGCGACGAAGCGUCUUCUUACAACAACCCGAACGAGGUCUGGCUGCACGGCAAGGGCGCUUGGCUCGCGUACAUCCUGCUGCUGGUCGUCCUGCGACUCGCGUUCGCGUCCGUCCCGUUCCUCUCGGUUCCCGUCUCCUUCACCCUGACCAACGUCGUUCACAACAUGCUGUCGUUCUACCUGUUCCAUCUGAUGCGAGGAACUCCAUUCGUAUCUGCGGAUCAGGGCGAGUCGGCUCGUCUGACCCAAUGGGAGCAGAUUGAUGCUGGCGCGCAAUUCACCAACACGCGCAAGUUCCUGGCUGCCAUCCCGAUCGUGCUGUUUUUGUUGACAAGCCACUACACCGAGUACGAUCCCGUCCUCUUUGCCAUCAACUUUGUGUCGCUGUGCAUUGUCAUGGUUGCCAAGCUGCCCCAGAUGCACAAGGUCCGGUUAUUCUGGUUUUUCGGACGCAAGUUUGUCGACCACGAAAAGUAAAAAUUCGCAGCAAAAUCCAUCUUUGCACGGCCCCCCCUUGCUGUUGAUGUUCUACGUUGCACUCUCGCCGAUACCAUACUAGUGUGCAUGUAUUCAGUCGUUGUGUGCACGCGUUUGUGCCAAACAAUUCGUAUUUGUUGUGACUCGCGUUGUUACGAAACUAUUGUCUUGUUUCUGUGUUUCAUGUUCAUUGAUGUAGUACGAAAUAGCUCAUCGCCUUCAUUUUUCGGACAAAGCCAUUUUAGCACAAGAGCGCAAAAACCCCUCCAUUCAAGAGAGACAGACAAACAGACACUGUAAUUGAUGGAAAAUAAAAAUACAAGUCGA